UUUCUCUCAGCUUUGCAUAUCCACGGUAACCAAAAUGUCAACCCAAGAACAACCGCACCAAUCACAUCUCGAGAAGCGUUCUGUCGUUUCCUCGUUUAUUUUCAAUUUCCCUAAAGGUCCAUGCGAGAAACCAGUGGUCGCGCUCUUUAAACGAAGUGAGAAAGUACGGACGUACAGCCACCACCUCGCCCCGAUAUCCGGCAGUGUCAGUCGCAGCGAUUCCUCCGAGCUUGAAGCCGCCUGGCGCGAACUCUCUGAAGAAACCUCCCUCGAUAAUUCCUCCCUCACUCUCUGGCGCACCGGGAAGCCAUUCACCUUUGAAGACCCAUCCGUCAAUCGAGAAUGGACCGUUCAUCCGUUUGCAUUCAAGCUCAAGGACCCAUCGGAGGGAGGAUCGGGUGAAAGCGCCAUCAAGAUUGACUGGGAACACGAGGGAUGGGGCUGGUACGAUCCAUACUCUGUACUCAAGGAUGAAAAGCUGGAAACUGUCCCACGUCUACAAGAUUCUCUGCGACGAGUCUGGUUCGAGGGCGACUUGAGCGAGCGCGCAGGCAAGGCACUAUCACUUGGUCUAGAGCGCAUCCGUAACGACCAUGAAAGCGGAGCGCAAGAGCUCACCGCGAUCGCGCUUAUGGCCUUCCGGGACUUCAUCAUCUUCACCGAAAAUGGGAUAAACAGCAAGGAGUGGUGGAACACAGCUCGCAUGGCAGCAUGGCAUAUCAUCAAGAACGGCCGAGAAAGCAUGGGCGCAGCAACUAUGAAUGCCCUGCUCUCUGUCUUGGAUGAGAUGGAGGAUAUUCUCAAAGACGAGGAAACAAGCUCCGAGCAUAAAUGGGAACGGGUGCUUUCGAUGCUCGAUCACCAUCUAACGAGUCGGAAGAGCCGCGCCAUGCAGGUGAAGGAUGCGUUUGCAAAUUAUCUCCGAUUUAGAUUUCUACACCACGGGGAAACAUUGGACAAGCUUACGAUAUUGACUGUCUCGGCGAGUUCAACAAUCCGGGAUAGCAUACUAGAUGCGUAUGCUUCGCUGGAUAUUCGGAAGCUGGAACUCCGGAUUCUGGAAUCAAGACCGUUGUUCGAAGGAACGAGUAUCGGUUCAUCCUUGCUCUCCAACUACAAAUCACGGUUCAUUGACACCCCUGGCAAAGAUCUAAAGGUCAAGAUUUACACCGAUGCAUCCGCUGCCUUGGCAGCCGCCGACGUCGACCUACUCCUUCUAGGCGCCGAUCGCAUAUCUCCCACAAAAGGCGUGAGCAACAAAACAGGAUCAUUACCUGCCGUGCUUUGCACCAAGCACGUCAGCCCAAACGCCCAGAUCGCCGUUCUCAGCGAUCUCGAAAAGAUCAACUGCGCGAGUAGCAUGAUCGACGAUGACCGCUAUGAAGACAAUGACCCGAUGGAGGUGAUCAGCGCCUGGCGCAACGAUGGUGUCAAUGCGGCCCGGGUGCUCGAAGACAGCAUGAAGGAGGAUACCUCAACCGUCGAAGUGAAAAACACCUACUUUGAAUGGGUCCCGUUGUAUUUUGUCGAUGCGUUCGUCAGCGAAGAGGGCGUUAUGGAUGAGAGUCGGAUUCGGGAGAAGUCGAAGGAAUUGGGUGAGACGAUGAAGAGAUUUUUUGAUGAUUUGUAAUUAUUCUCAUGAGUAGUAUUUGUUAGUUAAAUAGAAUUGGUAG